AUGAAUUACCUUGUAACGGAGGGCUACGUGGACGCGGCACGCAAGUUCGAGAUUGAAUCCGGGACAGACCCGGGCGCGGACCUGGGGGCGGUGGCGGAGCGCAUGGCGGUGAAGCAGGCGGUGCAGCGGGGGGACGUGGAGGACGCCAUUGACCAGGUCAACGACCUCAACCCCGAGAUCCUGGACACGGGCGCGGGGGUGUUUUUCCGCCUGCAGCAGCAGCGCCUCAUCGAGCUCAUCCGUGCCGGCCGGGUGGAUGAGGCUCUGGAGUUCGCCCAGGAAGAGCUGGCGCCCCGGGGGGAGGAGAACGCAGCCUAUUUGGAGGAGCUGGAGCGCACCGUUGCCCUGCUGGCGUUUGAGGACCCUGCCACGUCAGCACCUUCCUCGCUGGCAGAGCUGCUGGACGUGAGUCAGCGCGAAAAGGCGGCUGCUGAGCUGAACGCCGCCAUCCUGGCGAGCCAGGGCCACGAGAAAGAAGGGGGAUUGGGAAUAGAAGGAUGUGGUGAUAUGGGGAAGAGCAGUGGUGGUGAUAUGGGGAAGAGCAGUGGUUGUGAUAUGGGGAAGAGCAGUGGUGGUGAUAUGGGGAAGAGCAGUGGUGGUGAUAUGGGGAAGAGCAGUGGUGGUGAUAUGAGGAAGAGCAGUGGUGGUGAUAUGGGGAAGAGCAGUGGUGGUGAUAUGGGGAAGAGCAGUGGUGGUGAUAUGGGGAAGAGCAGUGGUGGUGAUAUGGGGAAGAGCAGUGGUGGUGAUAUGGGGAAGAGCAGUGGUGGUGAUAUGGGGAAGAGCAGUGGUGGUGAUAUGGGGAAGAGCAGUGGUGGUGAUAUGGGGAAGAGCAGUGGUGGUGAUAUGGGGAAGAGCAGUGGUGGUGAUCUGGGGAAGAGCAGUGGUGGUGAUAUGGGGAAGAGCAGUGGUGGUGAUAUGGGGAAGAGCAGUGGUGGUGAUAUGGGGAAGAGCAGUGGUGGUGAUAUGGGGAAGAGCAGUGGUGGUGAUAUGGGGAAGAGCAGUGGUGGUGAUAUGGGGAAGAGCAGUGGUGGUGAUAUGGGGAAGAGCAGUGGUGGUGAUAUGGGGAAGAGCAGUGGUGGUGAUAUGGGGAAGAGCAGUGGUGGUGAUAUGGGGAAGAGCAGUGGUGGUGAUAUGGGGAAGAGCAGUGGUGGUGAUAUGGGGAAGAGCAGUGGUGGUGAUAUGGGGAAGAGCAGUGGUGGUGAUAUGGGGAAGAGCAGUGGUGGUGAUAUGGGGAAGAGCAGUGGUGGUGAUAUGGGGAAGAGCAGUGGUGGUGAUAUGGGGAAGAGCAGUGGUGGUGAUAUGGGGAAGAGCAGUGGUGGUGAUAUGGGGAAGAGCAGUGGUGGUGAUAUGGGGAAGAGCAGUGGUGGUGAUAUGGGGAAGAGCAGUGGUGGUGAUAUGGGGAAGAGCAGUGGUGGUGAUAUGGGGAAGAGCAGUGGUGGUGAUAUGGGGAAGAGCAGUGGUGGUGAUAUGGGGAAGAGCAGUGGUGGUGAUAUGAGGAAGAGCAGUGGUGGUGAUAUGGGGAAGAGCAGUGGUGGUGAUAUGGGGAAGAGCAGUGGUGGUGAUAUGGGGAAGAGCAGUGGUGGUGAUAUGGGGAAGAGCAGUGGUGGUGAUAUGGGGAAGAGCAGUGGUGAUGAUCUGGGGAAGAGCAGUGGUGGUGAUCUGGGGAAGAGCAGUGGUGGUGAUAUGGGGAAGAGCAGUGGUGGUGAUAUGGGGAAGAGCAGUGGUGGUGAUAUGUUGAAGAGCAGUGGUGGUGAUAUGGGGAAGAGCAGUGGUGGUGAUAUGGGGAAGAGCAGUGGUGGUGAUAUGGGGAAGAGCAGUGGUGGUGAUAUGGGGAAGAGCAGUGGUGGUGAUAUGGGGAAGAGCAGUGGUGGUGAUAUGGGGAAGAGCAGUGGUGGUGAUAUGGGGAAGAGCAGUGGUGGUGAUAUGGGGAAGAGCAGUGGUGGUGAUCUGGGGAAGAGCAGUGGUGGUGAUAUGGGGAAGAGCAGUGGUGGUGAUAUGGGGAAGAGCAGUGGUGGUGAUAUGGGGAAGAGCAGUGGUGGUGAUAUGGGGAAGAGCAGUGGUGGUGAUAUGGGGAAGAGCAGUGGUGGUGAUAUGGGGAAGAGCAGUGGUGGUGAUAUGGGGAAGAGCAGUGGUGGUGAUAUGGGGAAGAGCAGUGGUGGUGAUAUGGGGAAGAGCAGUGGUGGUGAUAUGGGGAAGAGCAGUGGUGGUGAUAUGGGGAAGAGCAGUGGUGGUGAUAUGGGGAAGAGCAGUGGUGGUGAUAUGGGGAAGAGCAGUGGUGGUGAUAUGGGGAAGAGCAGUGGUGGUGAUAUGGGGAAGAGCAGUGGUGGUGAUAUGGGGAAGAGCAGUGGUGGUGAUAUGGGGAAGAGCAGUGGUGGUGAUAUGGGGAAGAGCAGUGGUGGUGAUAUGGGGAAGAGCAGUGGUGGUGAUAUGGGGAAGAGCAGUGGUGGUGAUAUGGGGAAGAGCAGUGGUGGUGAUAUGGGGAAGAGCAGUGGUGGUGAUAUGGGGAAGAGCAGUGGUGGUGAUAUGAGGAAGAGCAGUGGUGGUGAUAUGGGGAAGAGCAGUGGUGGUGAUAUGGGGAAGAGCAGUGGUGGUGAUAUGGGGAAGAGCAGUGGUGGUGAUAUGGGGAAGAGCAGUGGUGGUGAUAUGGGGAAGAGCAGUGGUGAUGAUCUGGGGAAGAGCAGUGGUGGUGAUCUGGGGAAGAGCAGUGGUGGUGAUAUGGGGAAGAGCAGUGGUGGUGAUAUGGGGAAGAGCAGUGGUGGUGAUAUGUUGAAGAGCAGUGGUGGUGAUAUGGGGAAGAGCAGUGGUGGUGAUAUGGGGAAGAGCAGUGGUGGUGAUAUGGGGAAGAGCAGUGGUGGUGAUAUGGGGAAGAGCAGUGGUGGUGAUAUGGGGAAGAGCAGUGGUGGUGAUAUGGGGAAGAGCAGUGGUGGUGAUAUGGGGAAGAGCAGUGGUGGUGAUAUGGGGAAGAGCAGUGGUGGUGAUCUGGGGAAGAGCAGUGGUGGUGAUAUGGGGAAGAGCAGUGGUGGUGAUAUGGGGAAGAGCAGUGGUGGUGAUAUGGGGAAGAGCAGUGGUGGUGAUAUGGGGAAGAGCAGUGGUGGUGAUAUGGGGAAGAGCAGUGGUGGUGAUAUGGGGAAGAGCAGUGGUGGUGAUAUGGGGAAGAGCAGUGGUGGUGAUAUGGGGAAGAGCAGUGGUGGUGAUAUGGGGAAGAGCAGUGGUGGUGAUAUGGGGAAGAGCAGUGGCACCCGACAGGGAAAGGCGAGAUACAUGGAGGGGCUGCUAGGCUGA